CGGGUCAAUGUUUGUGUGCCUUUCUUUCACCAUGUUUAGAUAUCGGGACAGUUUUAUUUGCUGUUUGUUUAAUGUAUGACGAGCAGAAUGAAUUAAAAACACGUGCUACCCUCUGAUAGGGAAGAGGGCACAGACAUAAAAUACUAUCUGAAUACAGGGGAUAAUACUAUCGUGACAGCCGUUCCUAAAUAGUUUAUCGAUUCCUUUUUUUAUGCACGAUAUCAAUAUUAGGAAUGGCACUGGAAACGUAUCAAAAAUAUUUAACAGCAAAAUUGCACAUGUCCAAACAGAAAAUAUAUAUCCACGCAAUCUACAACUUGCGAAGUCUGUGUUACUUUAACCUGCGUUGCUUAAACGCAGCCUGGACGCUUUUGAGAAAAAGGCCGCCAGUCAGUGCAAACACAUUUAAGCAAGAUGGAUGUGCUAGCUAUCAUUCCAAACGCCGAUCCCAUUGGCUAAGGCAUUUUUGUCUGGCCUCAAUCGCUAUAUUUCGCUAAAGAGAAAUGAAUAAAUGAGCGGCGAAGCUGUCGAUCUGGGAGGGCAGACAUUUUCUUCUUCAACGACAGCGGGCGAAAACAAACAAAAUAUGAAAACAAAUAAGAAGCGACUUCUUCGAGGGAACUAAUUGGUUACUGUCUUUCACAGAAUCUAGCAGGGUCUUUCUUUGCACAAUGAUUAAAGUAGGGCCAAUCGCGACAAAGGAUACGGGAGGACGGUAGCUCCACCCCCCUCUCCGCCUGCCUGCCUCUCAGCUUUUUAGAUGUAUAUAAUCCCCGAGUUGACCCAGAAAACAGGCACUCGUUUCAAGAUCUGAUGCGGCUGUCUUUACGCUCUGGUCCCGCUAGAGUAUGAAGUUUAACCCCUUGGAAUAUAUGUUCUAAUCCGCUCGGAGCCUCGCCGUGCAGCCUUAACGCCGAAAAGGAGAGAUACCACUCGCAAAGUCACUGAACUUUCCCCAACAAGAAGCAGACGGCUUACUGUGACGUGGGGAGGAAGGAGCCAAUGGCGGAUCACAUGAUGAUGUCCAUGAGCCACGGUGGGGCCGGCGGCGGCAUCCACGGCUACAGGAUGGGCAUGGGGGGCCUCCAGGGCGGGCCCCAGCAGCACGCCGCCCCAGCCGGCCUGCGGGGCUUCCCCGGCGGGCAGAUGAUGCACUACGGCGGGGGCGGACCCCAGGGCGGCAUGGACGGCGGGAUGCGGCAGCGGCCGGCGAUGGGGCAGAUGGCCCACCACCACCCGAUGGCGGGAAACAUGAUGUACGCCGGGCAGCAGCAGCAGCAACAGCAACAGCAGCAGCAGCAGCAGCAACAACAGCACCCGCAGCAACAACCACAACAACAACAACAACAACACCACCCGCAGCAACAGCAGCACCACAUGCAGCACCUCCCCCAGGCCCCGCCCCAGCCCCAGCAGCAGUACCUGCAGGGCGGGCUCACCUCCCAGCAGCUGAUGGCCAGCAUGCACCUGCAGAAACUCAACACGCAGUACCACGGACAUCCUCUAGGGGCCAUGAACGGUCACCUGGGCCCCGGGGGGCCGCAGUACCGGGUCGGUGCCGGGGCCCACUUGGCGGGCAUGCAGCACAUGGGGGGUCCCGGGCUGGGCCCUGCGGGCAUCAUGGACACGGACCUGAUAGACGAGGAGGUUCUGACGGCGCUGGUGAUGGAGCUGGGCCUGGACCGGGUGCAGGAGCUGCCCGAGCUCUUCCUGGGGCAGAACGAGUUCGACUUCCUCUCGGACUUUGUCAGCAAACAGCAGCCGAGCAGGGUCAGCUGCUGAGAGAGAGAGAGAGAGAGAGAGAGGGAGAGAGACGGACGGACGGACGGACAGAGAGAUGGAAAGAUUGGGGGAGGGCAGGAGGAAGAGGGGCAGCACAGACCAAGUAGAAGAGCGAGCAAGAGAGAGAGAGAGAGAGAGAAGGAGAGAAGGAGAUAUCAGAGGUGUGAACAUGUCGGGACUUGGUCACAGGGCAUAAGCGGGAGAUGACAAUCUUUCGGUUUGUCGUGUGCGUGCGUGUGCGUGUGCGUGUGUGCGCAUAGGGGUACACACACAUUUUCGUGCACAUCGCCGGGUGGCUUUGGCAUUAGCGGAACCCGCCGGAAGCCCUGGAUUAGCCACGACGACGGUGACGAGCAUGCUAAUGCUAACGGGAUUCUGCGCGUUCGGUCCCACCUCCCCCUGCUCACGGCGUGGUUCCGGUCUGAGGGUGCGGCUAACGGGAAGGGGCGUGGCCACCCAUCCCCUCCUUCCUGUCCGUCCCCAUCUUGACAGGAUGUGACGAAUGUGACCCCUCCCUCCCCCGCAGGGUUUUGGCCAAUCGGAACAAUGUGCAGGCACUGAUGCCACACCCCCCCCCCCCCCCCCCUGUCUACCCAGAUUUCUAAGGCAGUUAAAAAAACAAAAAAACAAAAAAAACAUUAUUUAUUUGCCCUCACCGGAGCUAUGUGUUGGACACUGAACAUCCUGGGGAACCUUUGCUGUUCGCCUUUGACUGAUAACGGGGGGGGUUAUAUG